CUGUGCAGCCAAUAUUUUCAAGUCAAUAGAAAAAACGACUACGAAAGAGAAAGAAGAGGAAAGAUUUCUUUUAGUUGACAGUUGAGAAUUUUCUGUUGAGGUUAUACAGUAGAACAACAAUGGCAAAGUCAAAGAAUCAUACAAAUCACAAUCAGAACCGCAAAGCCCAUCGUAAUGGUAUCAAGAAACCCAAACAAUACCGUCAUGAAUCUACUUUAGGGAUGGAUGCUAAAUUCUUGAAGAACCAGAGGUUUUCUAAAAGGCACAACUUGAGUACAAAACAACAACUCAAGAGAGCAGUGGAGAGGAAAGCAGAAAUGGACGCUAAAUCUAAAAAAUAGAUGGUUUGACUAGGAUAAAAUAAAUAAUUUUAUAAGUUUG